AUGGUGUCUUACUACAUCCGCCAAUACCAGGACCGGGACCACAAGCAGGUCAUGGACUUGUUCUCAGAUUCCAUGGCCGAACACGCCCUCACCAGCUCGCACCACCUGCUGAAGCUGCCCCGCACCCUGGCGCUCCUCCUUGGAGGGCCGCUGGCCAUCUUCCUCCUCACUGGCUCCUGGCCUCUGACCCUCCUGGCUGGCCUCUUGCUCUUCGCUGCCCUGAAGAACUUUGGCAAGGUUCCUUGGCUGCAGUUCAAAGUCAUGGCUUUGAGCAGUGACAUGUCUGACAUCAGCAAACACUAUCUGAGCGGGUGUGGCUCCUGCUUCUGGGUGGCUGAGUCCCAGGGCCGGGUGUUGGGCACGGUGGGGGCUCUGCCCGCGAAGGAACCCGCCUUGCACAGGGAGCACCUAGAGCUCUUCCACCUGUGCGUGCAUCCAGUGCACCGAGGUCAGGGCAUAGCCAAGGCCCUGGUGAGGACUGUACUCCAGUUCGGACAGGACCAGGGCUACAAGGCGGUUGUCCUCAUCACCACCACAGUACAGUAUGCGGCCUUGGGUCUCUAUGAGCGCCUGGGGUUCCGCAAGACCCACGAGUACUUCAUGUCUUUGGCCUGGAGACUAAACGCCAUCCCUUUUGUUAGACUUGUUUAUUAUUUCCCCUCUGCCCAGGUCUCCCAGAGGUCUAAGUAG